AUGUAUCAUCCAAAUCAGGCUGAGAGCCUCAAAGGAGGCUUGAAUCAUCUUCAGCACAUGGACCAAGAUGAAUUCACACAUAUACAUGACUCUGAAAACAUUUAUUAUCCAUUUGCAUCAAAGGGUGAGUGGGAACUUGCCAACUGGCUGGCAAGUGGUGCCUUGUCACAGAAGGAGAUUGAUGCUUACUUACAUCUACAAUGUACAAAAGACUUCCCCAUUUCAUUCAACACUGCCAAGGAUCUCUGUGCAUGUAUUGAAUCUUUGCCUGAAGUCCCAUGUUGGUGUUUUCAAGAAAUUAAAGUAGGGUCAUAUCAAAUGAAAGAUCCACUCGUCCUUUAUUGGCAUGAUGGCCUCGAGGUGGUUGAACACCUCUUUUGCAAUCUGGUAUUCACCAAUUGUAUGGACAUGAGUCCAUAUCAAGAAUUUGAGGAAAUGCUGAAUGGCACAGAGCAUGUAUAUGGCAAAUUCAUGAGUGCUGAUUGGGCUUGGGAGAUACAGGACUCAUUACCCACUGGUCAUUCCUUCCUUGGUGUAAUUGGUGCUUCAGACAAGACUCCUUUGAUGAUCAGUACUGGCAAUAAAGAAAUGCACCCACUUUUGCUCUUCAUAGCUAAUAUUCGUGCUGGCAUGCAGAUGAAGGCCAUAUCACAUUCAUUUGCACUAGCUGCAUACCUCCCAAUUCCAAAGUUCUAUAAUGUUUCACCUGCUGUACAGGCUGUUCUAUCCUCCCACAUGUAUCACUUUGCUGUUUCAAUUGUAAUGAAGAACUUAAAGUUAGCCCAUUGUGAUGGUGUGGUCUUAUCUGAUCCCAAUGGUGAUCUUCGCAUAAUCCAUACACCACUUGUUUCUUGGAUCGCAGAUUACCCCAAGCAGCUCCUUGUGGCCUGUGUUUCUUCAAAGAACUCUCUAAUCUCCAUUGCUACAGCAGACCACUGUGGUGACCCCACCCCUCAUCCCCCCCAUGUUUGCCAGAAUACCCUUGCAGCUAUCUGUGAAGCAUGCAUCACUUGUGAUCCAUGCAAUAUUGCUGCAUUCCACAAGGUAUGUUUGGAAAAGCAUCUCAACAGUGUUGUGGAACCAUUCUGGGUGGAUUGGGGGGAUGCAUGUCCAUCGGUCUUUCUCACACCUGAUGCGCUCCAUCAAUGGCACAAGUUUUACUUUGACCAUUGCUUGCACUGGGUUAUCAAUAUUAUUGGAGGUACAGAACUCAAUCAUUGCCUUGCUCUCCUUCAGCCAAGAAUUGGGACACAUAAUUGGCCAAAUGGAAUUUCCAUCCUCAAGUGGUGCACAGGCAGGGAACAUUGUGAUCUCGAAAAGGUACUGCCCAUUUUCACCACAGGGGCAUUGCCAGACAAUGUUCUUUGCACCAUUCAGGCAAUUGCUGAGUUUAUUUUUCUUGUGCAGAAUGUCUAUCACUUCAAUGAGAUCCUACAUUUGCUCACAGAAGCACUGCAGGAGUUCCAUCACUAUAAACAAAGUGUCAUUUCUGUUGGAGGUUGCCAAGGACAAAAUGGACCACUUCAACACUUCCAGAUCCCAAAGCUGGAGUUGGCUCAACAUGUCAUAUGGAGCACAUGUGCUAUGGGUGCUCCUUACCAAUGGAGCAGCGACAUCAUGGAAAGGUGUCAUAUUACCCAUGUCAAGGCUCCCUAUUGCCUCUCCAAUCACCAUGAUUUCCAUAAAAAAAUGUUGUCAUUUUCUCAAUUGACAAGAAAACAAUGGUUUUUCCAGCUCUUCACCAUGCUCAAGAUGGCAAGUGCACCUCUUAUCAAUGAGAUGCUGUACAAGGCUACACAGAUGCAGAUUCACUACCUGGAAUCAACUUGGAUUUCUAAUGUAUUGCCAAAUGAACAGUACAUGGGCUCUGUAGCACCCAGGAAAUCUACCUUCGACAGUGGCCAGUCUCGUAUUUCUUCUGACAACUCCACUGCAUUUCUCCUUACCACCAAGCCCCACUUUCCUAGCAUCCCCAUUGAUGAUGCAGCUCCCCUUUUGAUACAUGACCUGCAACCUGCAUUGGGAGACUUCUUUUUGGGCUGGUCAUACACAAGCCACCAUGGCCACUGUCUCUCUUCACCCAAUUCUCCCCUCCCUUUCUUGCACUCUCACACCUGGGACAAGGUUCACAUUCAGCAGCAUUCAGCACAGGACCCCCUCUCCCUGUCACCACCUCAAACAAUUCUGUCAAGUUCAUGUACAGGUCAGGUAUCUACAAGUUUAUAUACCAGAGACAACUAUAGUAUGGAGACUGGUAAUGCCAGUCUCACAAGGAUUGCUAAGAUGAUUGUUCAAGCAAUUUUACAACCUAUCACUGUUUGCCCAUCCCCACCCCUCCUUUAUGUCGAGUUCUUUGACUUCUCCAGUUCCCAUUCUGCAGUGGUAGAUGGUAUAUGUGUUGCUGUGCCUGCUCCCAAGAUCAAAAUGUUUGUCACUCAGUGGCACUUCCAAAGCAAUGGCCAGCAGUUAGGAGAUAUCAUUUACUUGGAUGAUGUUCAUCAGGCUGUCCAACUCAUCCCCAAGUUCAGUGCACAGGCACCACCCAGGUUAACCUGUGACAACUGCCUGGAGGUUGGACAAGAGUUCUAUGUCAAUAGCUUUGCAGAUAAAGAGGUUUUCUAUGCCAUUCUUAGUUACCAGUAG